UUUGGGAAUUGACGCUUCUGAAAGAUAGAGGGAGAGACGAGCAAGGACGGUUAACUGCCUUUCCAUACUAGGAGAGGUGGGGGGAGGAGAAAGAGAGGGAGAGGAGGGUAACGUGAGGAGAUGCAAUGAGGGAGAGAGAGGAGGUAGGAGGAGAGAAAUCUGGAAAGAGAUAAAAGCAGCGCACCAGAGGCAGAAAGACUGAUGAGGUCGUGCCAGUUAGAGCGGAGAGGCAAGUGAGCAGAGCCGGAUCCUCCCUGUGAUUGUGCCGCUGCUUCUCCGACUGAUCCGACGCAGCGUAGCUUAGAUGAUGUCUUCAGAGCACCUGGCCUGUGGUUGGCUGCAGAAGCUCCUCGUCGUGCUUGUGAAGCUUUGCUUCGCGUUCGCUGGGCCUCUGCGACCCCUCAACGGAACGGGCUGCGCAGCCAGGGGUCCUGCUUCCUACAUCCUGGUCUUUACGGGUCACUGGAGCCCGCAGGCUUUUCCAAAACAGUAUCCCCUGUUCCGGCCCCCAGCGCAGUGGUCCAAACUCAUAGCGGUGAGCCACAAUCAGCACUUCAGGCUCUGGGAGGAGGGCUCUUCAGCCAGCUCAGGGGUGCAGAGCUUCGCUGAAGUCGGGGUGACGGUGGAGCUGAUGAAAGCGGCCAAGGAGGCCAGGAAGAAGCGCACGGUCGGAGCCAUGCACCGGACGGCUGGCAUUCCCAACGGAAUCGGACACAGCUCCAUGGAGAUGCUCAUGGUGCCCCGCAACCCACUGUUAUCGUUGAUGGUGAAGAUUAUCCCCAGCCCUGACUGGUUUGUUGGUCUGGACAGCCUGAAUCUUUGUGACGGUAACCGGUGGAAAGAGGAAGUGACCGUCGACCUCCAGCCGUACGACGCAGGGACGGACAGCGGAUUCACUUUUUCCUCUCCCAACUUUCCAACCAGCCCCCCAGAAAACAUUACAAAGAUCACGUCACAGAUGCCGAACCAUCCAGCAAACUCCUUCUUCUACCCUCGACUAAAGGAGCUUCCCCCUAUUGCCAGCAUAAAGAUUACACGGCAGCGCCGAUCGCCUGACCGCCAGGCCUCUAUCUCCAACCACAUUCUACCAAACUCUAUCAGUCCUCAGCGCUUCUCAGCAACACCUCUGGACUGUGAAGUCUCUCUCUGGUCAUCCUGGGGUCUGUGUCUUGGUCCCUGCUCCAGAGGUGGAGUCCGUCACCGCACACGUUACAUCCUUCUGCGGCCGGCAAAUGCUGGCAGCCCCUGCCCUGAGCUGGAGGAGCAGGCUGAAUGCGUGCCGCACAGCUGCAUGAAGAAACGCCAGUAACUGUCGGAGCAGGAGCAUAAAACACAGCCAGUGUUCAACACUUGGACUCUCGUGCUAUCGCUGCUGGACUGAGAAAACCUUUCAUCAUGUUGAGAGUUGCUCUGGUUUUGUCUUUUUAAUUGAAACAACGGGAUCUCGGUGUGUUUUGUCUCUGAAAUACAUGUUUGCAAAUGAGCAGGACUAAAGAAACGGCAGGAGUCUGUUGGAAAAACUGGUGGAUGAGUAAUAAAGAGCUAAAACGCUAUUUGGUCUGACUUGAUUUUUCUUUUUUUUCUUUUUUACAAUUGUUGUGCAACCUUGCUGCCCGGAAAAUCGAGGCAUUUUGUAAAAUGUAAAUAACAGAAUGCAACCAUUUGUAAAUCCUCUCCAACAAAUCUAUAAUAAAUAAGACGUAAUUCAUGUUGAAACAAAA